CUCAAGUCAAAGAUGAGAUGCAAAACCAAGAUGUCCACCAGAGAGGACACCAGUGUCUCUGGGUCUCCGGAGGUUUAGGUGAAAUCUGAGUUAAAAACCAUCAAAACCACAAAAAAAGCCACCACCGUGUCCGUGUUACAACAUUCUUCCAAAAAGAAGAAGUGCAGGUUGCGUUGGUUCCUCCGUCUCUGAAACCAAAGUUCACCCACGAGAAGCUGCCUCUCAGCCUCGACGGCAGUUUGACUUUCAAGCCGCUGUCUUUGAGAUAAAGGGACUCGACCCGGGGAGAUAAUGGAGGAAGAGCUGCACUACGUGACGGUGACGUUCAGGACCGAAGGUCCAGCUGCACACGAGAAACCAAGCGACCUAGAAAUAAUCUAUGACGAGGUGACGACAUGCAAGGAGCAGCCAUCGGAUACAGAUCCGAACACACCAGACAAUAAAAAGAAAGCUCCACGGUGCACGGUGCUGUAUCUGGUGGCGGCAGGUUUGGGGAUCAUUUGUGUCAUCUUGGUGUCGGCCGUCGUCACGGUAACUAUCUACUUCGGCGCGGCGAUGUCGGAGCAGCGCAGAGAAAACAUCGACCUGGAGGAUCAGAACCGGCACAUGUGGACAGAGAAGAGCGACUUGGAGCGGCAGAACCAGGAGCUGACCCGAGAGAGGGACCGGCUCCACUGGACCCUCGCUGUCAUCCUGGACUUUGAGAACUUCCCAGUGAACUCACACUGCCCCCAGAAAGUGUGUACGCCCUGCCUGGAGGGGUGGCUGCUGUUCCACUCACACUGCUACCUGGUCUCCACGGCGACGUAUUCCUCCACCUGGAGGACGUGGGAGGGGAGCCGCGAGCACUGCAGACAAAUGAAGGCCGAACUGGUGGUGAUAGAGAGCCGAGAGGAGCAGGAAUUCAUCAAUAACCACACAAACUACUACAAUGAUGAAAGCCAUGGCUAUUGGAUCGGCCUGAGCAAAAUGGACACAUGGACGUGGGUCGAUGGAAGCAACUUCCCUGUGAUGUUCUGGAAAGCACAGCAAGCCGUCUACAGACUUUUUUGUGGUCUAAUUCAGCCGCGAGCAGAACCUCUGGCCAACUGGAACAAAGCCAGCUGCACCAUGAAGAACCGCUGGAUCUGUGAAACCAGAGCUUUGAUCAAGUCAGAUUAGGAGUCAGCUGCAUUAUCAA